AUGCGGCGGAGGCUAUUCUCUCCAAUCCCAUCUACCCUCGUUCUCUUCGGGUUUCUCCCUUCGUUUAUGCUCUCAAUAGGUGUUCAGGGUACAGAACUUACCCUUGUCAACAACUGUACCCACAAGAUAUGGCCCGCAAUACUCGCAAACCCGGGCAGCACCAGCCUCGAGCAGACCGGGUUCGAGCUCGCAACUCAUACCUCUCGCACACUCCAAGUCCCUGAUCGCUGGGUCGGCCGGAUUUGGGCCCGAAAUGGAUGUAACUUUAACAAAUCCGGUUUCGGUUCAUGCGCCACCGGAAACUGCGCUUCCGGCAAGAUUGAGUGCGAGGGAGCCGUAGACGCGUCUCCGGUGACGCUCGUGGAGUUCACUAUCCAUGACUCUUACAACGUCUUGUAUGACGUCAGCCUCGUAUACGGUUUUAAUCUGCCCGUGAUAGUGAAACCCCUGAGCGGGGCCGGUACUUGCGGAUCCGCUGGCUGUAUGACGGACUUGAACGCCCAGUGCCCGGCGGAGCUGAGAGCCGCCAAUGGGUUGGCUUGUAGGAGUGCUUGUAUGGCAUUUGGAACCCCAGAUUAUUGCUGCAGAGGCAAGUUUGGCUUACACGACACUUGUAAGCCAUCAACUUAUACAGUGCUUUGGAAGCUGGCUUGCCCCCGCUCGCUCAUCACCGGUUACGACGAUUCCAGGAGUACAUUCACCUGUAGAGGGGCAGAUUACAAGGUCGUGUUCUGCCCCUUGCAUGCGGCGGCAAGUAAAAAAUCUGGAAAAAAAUUUACAUCAACGGCCGUGAUAACCACUGAAGAACCCGAAAACACUGGGUCGGGGAUUAUAUAUUCAGGAUCAAAACUGGAGGUUACUGGUUCACAAUCCAUGCCCGGGCCACAUGGCUGA